CAGGAUGGAUUGAUUGAUUGAUUGGACAUCUUUGAUGAAUUCCACGUUGGAGCGAGACUUGAAAGAAUAUCAAAGACUUCAGUCUAUCAAAUAUUACAAACAGAAAUUGGAAAAGCCUCGUCCAGUCACACAGUUUAUAUUAGGUCGAGCAAACCAACCAGAUGUAUUACACAAAGGUUUGGAGCCAUAUAUUACGUUGGCGACACAGCGCUGGUUGCAACAUAGAAACCAGAUUUUAACAGGUAAUCAACCACAAGCAAGGCAUUAUAAUUCCUCAAAACUACUAUCUGAAAGAAAUAAGCUCGGAAGAGUUGGUCUUGAAGAGCAAAUAACUGUUACUGCCACCAACAACUGGCUGUGUCAACUUCCUCUAACUAUCACUCAAACAGUUUUGCAAAGUGGCCCGUUGUAUCGAGAAAUGGCUUCUACAAAGUAUGAUAACUAUUUGCAAGCUCUGGAGAGUACUUCUAAUCAACUGAAGAAACGUUUCCGCAGUGAAUAUUGCAGAAAUGUCGUUCACACUCAAAUACCCAUCGGAAACGAUAGCAGUCCUCAAGUGUUGCAAACAAUACCACAAGAAUAUGUUGAGUUGGCAACUUGGCGUUAUCAACAAUCUGUGAAAAGACAUAGUUUGGUUUCCUCAGAAAAUAAGGAAACUAAUCAACACUCCAAGUUGUUCACCUAUUCAGGAGGAAGGCUAGGAGGUGGACACGUUCCUUUGUUUCUAGGCGGAGACUAUUUCAAUAUGGAUACAAUAGAAGAUUAUCGCCAUUCAGCAGCGUAUUAUUACUGGCUUCGAACGAAUAUUCCAAGCCUCACCAAUCAGAGCGUCACUUGCGGUAAUAUCUCACCCGAGGAGGAGCAACUAUCUAUUUAUGCAGAAUAUAGUAAGAAGCCUGACUCUUUGUAUCGAAAUGAGGCACAUAAGAGAUAUGAACUAUAUUUACAAAGUAAGCGACCCAAGUUGAAGCGAGAAGAGUCAAAUUCAUUGUACUCGAAUAUAAGCAACGACAAUCUAUUUUUGUCGCAACCAGCAGUACUAUUCCAAAGAUCCAAUCCUGCCGUUCCCUAUCAUAUCCAUUAUGAGAGUGUAGACCGUUUGCCACUUUUUCACUCCAAAGUGAUGAAUCGUUUUUUUUAAAUGUAUUUUAGAAAACAUUUUUUGAGAACAAACAUGAUAAUCACUGAAAUGAGGACAAAAUAUUUAUAUUAUCAAGUCUUUCUAUACAAAAUGAGUUAUGGGAGAGGAGGAUUGGACUGAGAAGGAAUGACAUUCUUAAUGAUAUGGAUGAUGGUUUCCAUGUACUCUACAAGGGACUGCAACAUUGUAUUUAUCUCUUAGUGGUCUUGUUAUGAUGGAAGCAUAAUGGUGUUGUAAUGGAGGAAUUAGCAGUUGGAUAUUAUGAUUUUGUGUAGUUGUGUAACGUAAUGAAACCAUUGUUAGAUUAGUUGUAUAAAGGUACCUUGUAUGAUUCUCAAUAGUCUUUGCAGAUUCUUUCUCUUUUGAAAAUAUACAAGUUGAACAUUUG